AUGGGCUUCAGAUUCUCGUCGUAUACGCUUAUCAAGAGUGUAUCGCUGAUCCACAUCACGGCGGCGUAUCUCCUCCUCUACAGGCCGCACGUCCUGGCCGAGCAGAACAUUGUUGUCAUCUUUGGCGAUCAUUCAGNNCCUGCAACCUCUGCCUUCAGCAAACCCACAGAAAUCACUGCCCUCGCCUCCAUCUUCCUAGCCUUCCUCGGCGUCAGCGACCUGAUCGCAGCCAGCCUUCCCGAACGCUCAUGCCUCGAAUACUGGUCCAAUGUACUGCCUUUCCGUCUUUUCAUGCUGUUUGUCGGCACAGGGUACAUCUACCUCAACAAGGGUGACGACACCGUCACUUCAACACUCCGAGCUCUCAAGAGCGACUCAAACCCGCUCGACCUUGUCAAAAAUUCGUUCGUUUUCACGUUCAUGUUCAUGGAGACGCUCCAUUGGUUCUGGGUCUUUAUCGCCAUGAAGGAAGACAGACGUGAGUGGAUGGUUCGUGAGGCCACUGCACAGCUUCGCGAGGAAGAGGAGAAGAAGUUCAGAAUGUAA